CUCGGGUCACUCUGUAGCCGAGUUAACAGGCAGCAGGCGAUCACGAAAGCCCUUGGGUCGAGGACGCAGGCGCCAGUCAUGUGACCCUUGAGAGGCAAGGUGCGGUUAGGAGUUCUCGUUCAAAAAAAAGCACGUCUCUUCCCGCGAGAACUGGGUUCAGCCUUCGCGCCCUGAGCAAAGCUGAAUGAGGCGUCCGCUCACGCGCCGCUGGGCGGUUCCUCGGAGAACUUCGCUUGUGACGGAGGUGACGGUAUAAAACGGGACAGAUGGCGAACCUGACAGAGAAAACGGUAUUCCCUUGAAGCCACUUGAGCUGCCCAGGAGCUGAAGUCUGGGACCACAUGGCCAAGCUCCAGGGCACAUAGGCUGACUCUAGAAUCUCAGGAUAAGGCUAUGAAACUCCAGGGAGUUGGAGUGUGGAGCUCCAGGGAAACCUAUGAAGACAACGACCAGAAAGAACCAGAGCCCACUAGGCUUCCCCCUAUUAUCUCAGAAGAUGGGAAUCAUUCCGUGCACCAGAAUAGCCACACAAGGUACCAAGAAGCUGUACGGAAGGUGUUGUUAAAGACAUUCCCCAAUCAGGUCUUCAGAGUACCCCUGACUGAUGCUCAGAACUUCAGCUUCUGGCGGUCCCACAAUCCAGGAGUGCGCCCAGAGGAAACCAUGCCAUGGAUCCGGAGCCCCUGCCACUGCCUCAUCAAAAGCCCAAUGACCAGGUUUAUGGAUCACUCUAUUCUCAAUGACAGAAACUUCAGUCUGUAUUGAGCAGGAAGUGUCUGCAGAAGGACAAGAUAAACUCUGGAUGGAGGGCAAAGAGGGACAGAGGGAGGUGUCCUGGUUCCAAUGGCUGACUAAUGGGAGGAGGGGAUUGAGAACAUGGAAUAAACAGAUUGCACUAGAA